UUCGUUUGCAUUUAAAAUUCAAAAUUUUAAAUUUUUGCUUUCAUUCUUGCAAUCAAUUCGAUCUUGCAACGACCAAAUAGCCAAAUCAGCUGUUUCGCUGAAUUCCGCUUUAAGAGGCUGUUGUGUAAUAUGGCAAUGCGGUUAGUCUCCCUUAAUAAAUUUCGAAGUCUAUUUACGCGACAAUUUAGCGCUUCUGAAGGAUUCUCAUAUGCCUACACACCAUGGAACCGUUCAUAUCCUGCAAAAAAGCCGACAAAUGUGCGACAGUCACACGAGCCAAGCGCAAAGACUGGAAAAUAUAAAAUUGUAAUGAUUCGUCAUGGUGAAUCAGAAUGGAAUAAGAAAAAUCAAUUUUGCGGUUGGUAUGACUCUGCUCUAAGUGAUAAAGGAAUGAAGGAGGCUAAAUCAGCUUCAAAAGCCAUAAAAGAGUGUGGCUUCAAAUUUGACAUUUGUCAUACUUCCGUGCUUUGCCGGGCUAUAAUUACAUUAGAUAUAAUCUUAAAGGAAAUCGGACAAACAGAUACGCCAAUUUGUAAAACAUGGCGUUUGAAUGAACGUCAUUACGGUGGUCUCACUGGUUUGAAUAAGGCGGAAACUGCUGCUAAAUAUGGUGAGGAGCAGGUAAAGAUAUGGCGUAGAAGUUUUGCAACUCCUCCUCCCCCUAUGGAAAAAGAUCAUCCAUACUACGACAAUAUCGUCAACGACCCACGUUAUGCAGAUGGUCCUUCAAAAGAAGAGUUUCCAUCUUUUGAAUCGCUUAAGCUGACAAUUGAGCGAACAUUGCCUUACUGGAAUGAGACGAUUGUGCCGCAAAUAAAAGAAGGAAAAUUAAUUCUAAUUUCAGCGCAUGGCAAUAGUCUGCGUGGUAUAGUCAAGCAUCUGGACAAUUUAUCCGAAGAUCAAAUUAUGGCACUGAACCUACCAACCGGAAUACCUUUUGUAUACGAAUUGGAUGAGUGCCUUAAGCCAACCGUUUCCAUGAAAUUUCUAGGUGAUGAGGAGACUGUACGGAAAGCAAUGGAGGCAGUUGCUGCUCAAGGGAAAGCCAAAUAAAUACUAACGUUAAAAAAUCUUAUAAUUAAUAAAAAUCAUAAAUUUCCGAAUAGAAAUAUAUAACGCUUUGAUAAUCAAAACACGAACAAAUACAAUAAUUUAUAACUAUA